ACUUCUGUCAUCUUCUUUUGUUGAAUCAAAAUAUUCGCUCUCUGGAAUUUCCCCCUUUCUCUGCGCCAAAAUUUCCAUAAAUCAAUGGCGGGAAGAGGCAAAACUCUGGGAUCUGGAGCCUCCAAGAAGGCCACCUCCAGGAGUAGCAAGGCCGGCCUGCAAUUCCCCGUCGGCCGUAUCGCUCGUUUCUUGAAAGCCGGUAAAUACGCAGAGCGAGUCGGCGCCGGAGCUCCGGUUUACCUCGCCGCCGUCCUCGAAUACCUUGCAGCGGAGGUGCUUGAAUUGGCUGGAAAUGCCGCAAGAGACAACAAGAAGACUAGAAUCGUGCCGCGCCAUAUCCAGUUGGCUGUGAGGAACGAUGAAGAGUUGAGCAAGCUUCUCGGAGACGUGACGAUCGCGAAUGGCGGUGUUAUGCCGAACAUUCACAAUCUGCUAUUGCCGAAGAAGACUGGAAGUUCCAAGGCGUCCGGUGGCGAUGAUGAACCCUAAAUUAAAGAGAAGAAGCGCUCCAGCUGUUCCAAUCUGAGAAUUAGGUUUUUUCUGUUUCUUUGUUAGUUUAUUAAUGUAUUCUUAACUUCAAUCAGAGAUCUGAUGUGAAUACGAUCAAUCUUCUUCACUCAUUGUGGAUUUCUUUUCCUUUGAUUCGAAUUGUUGAUUCACAAAUUGAUUCGAAAUUCUUUGGGUUUCUUGUUUCGAGUCUGCAAUUAAGAAAUGAAUGGCUUCUCACUUUA